UGGGGCGACGGUAGGGGUGGAGGGAUGGAUGCAGACCUGCGAAAGACUGGAAGAAAAGGGGGAGGAGGAGGAGGGUGUGGCUUUUGGAUGGGAGAACAGAGGGACCGAGCAGCGGGAGAGCAGUUCUACUGCAAGUUGGAGUUGUUCCAGAUCCUUCCGCGAACACUCUUUGGAAGUUUUAACCGGCGGCCGAUGGCAGCCAUGCGGACGGACCGGGCCCUGCCCUGGUUCUGGUUCUGGCUCUGGUUCUGGUUCUGGUUCGGGCUCAGUAUCUGCGGCGACGACCCGGAGCAGACGACGCCUGGGCCCGGGCAGAGUUGUGGCGGGGCCACGGGGGGACGGUGCGACACGAACCUCUCUUGCGUGCCUGACUACACCCCAGAUCCAGGGGAUGAAGCCGGGGCUGGAGUCUGCGUCCGGGUAACCCCGCCUGCAGGCUGCGUCCCCUGUUCAGAGGUGGAGUGUUCGCUGGAGAACUGGGAGUGUCCGGGGGAUUACGUGAUCGACCCGUGCGGCUGCUGCCCGCACUGCGCGCGACAGCGGGGCCAGAUGUGUGGGGGCCCCCACUGGGGGAGGGGCUACUGCGACAGGGGCCUCACCUGCGCCCUCAUCCUGGGAAACGCCCCCGCCACGCCCCCAGAAACCGGGGUCUGCAAAGCUCUCCCAGGGACCCAGAGAUACCCCUGGGUGGACAAGCAGUGCCCCUGGGUGUGGGGGUGCAACGUGAGGAUGUCGUCCUGCGACUGCUACGGCGAGCAGACCUGCCACAGGGUCUUCAGAUACAACCUCCUGCAGGACUGCCGGAAAGUCAUGGAGGAGGACAGGCUGUACGAGGUGGAAAUUAUCGAAAAGAUGGAAAGAGGAGAAGAAGAAGGGUGGACGUGCAUGACGAUGGGCUGCAAGGUCCAGGAGGACCGGUGCGUGUGCCAGAUGGGAAGCUGUGGAUCGCAACUCUCCAAGGGUGAAUGUGAAAAGGAGCGGAAGCGGCUCAGGUGUGCCAGUGUCACCUGCCCCGUUGUUCCAGUCCCUUCCUGUCCCCCAGACUCCUUCCUGACAAAGCCUUACAUUCCUCUGCAUCAGUGCUGCCCCCAGUUGCCUGCAGUGUGUACCUGCGACUUCAAGAAAUGCCCUGCCAAGCCGCCAGACUGCCCUCCAGGCCAUCGUGCCCACAUUGUCACCAGGGGCAACGGACACCCGGGCAACUGUUGCCAUCGUUACCUGUGCAGACCGGGAGAGGAGUCCGCUACACAGAACAGGGAUGAGGAAGAGGAAUGAACGCACCCCAUGUUAUUGGACUCGCAAAAGGACUCCACAGCAGUCCCACUGACUACAGUUUGAACCAGUUUGCAUAGUUUUUUAUGCACAGUUGCAAUAACUACCAUUGUCAGUAUAAUUUCUUUAUGUUUAUCUGCUGUUUUUACAUAGUUUUAUUCAGAUCAUGAUAUUUAAGGCAAUUACGCUUGCUUGUUGGCCUACUAUUACUCCCUAAAUAUUACAAAACAAUAGUUUUAUAUGUGGCCAGUUUAUUGUUAUCUCUGUAUUUGCAUUUUGUAUUUUAAUCUUUCUGCAUGAUUAUUGUCUGUUAGAGAACAAGUUGCAACUUUAAAGAAAUCAAUAUGAAAACCUAGGCUGAUAUGGGGGGGGGAUCAAUGGUCUCAUCACGCCAUGCAGUGCUUCAAAUUUUCUUAAUAAAUACUUUUAAAUAUG